AUGGAUAGUGAGGAGGUAUUGGAGUGGAUUGAUGCCCUUGAAAACUACUUUGAGUAUGAAGACAUGAAUGAGGACAAGAAGGUGAAGUUUUCUAAGACAAAGUUAAGAGGUACGACUCUAACAUGGUGGAGUAGUGUGCAGACAGAGAGAGUGGAAAGAGGAAUGUCUAAGAUCACCACAUGGAGUAGGAUGAAGGCCAUGAUGAAGGAUCAAUUCUUUCCAUCUGAUUAUGCUAUUCAAACUAAGAGGUUGAGACAAAAUCAGAAACAAAAAGACAUGGAUGUGAUGACCUACACUAAGAAAUUCCACAAGUUGAGUCUAAGAGGUGGAUUGGAAGAUGAGGAUGAGAAGGUUGCAAGGUACCUAAAUGGGUUUAGAUACAACAUGCAAGAUGAGAUUGGUUUGAGUAUACCAAAGACACUUGGGGAGUGUUUUCAGUUGGCUACAAGAGUUGAAGAAAAGGUAAAGAGGAAGCAAGAGAGACAUGGAGGAAGUGGCAGAGGUAAUGAAAAUAGAGUUAGGGGAAGUAGGCCUAACAGUGAAGGACAAGGACAAGACAAAAAUGAUAAGAGUAAUGACACGUUUUAUGAUCAUAGGGGUGGAUACAGAAGUGGAGGCAGAUUUGGAUCAGGUAGAGGAUCAAGAGCCUUCAUGGGAAGGUGCUUCGCAUGCAUUGAAGUUGGGAACACUUUCUUCAAGUGUCCAAUGAAUGAACAAGGUGGCAAGAAGACUGAGAAAAUAAUUCAUUUGGCCCAAGGGGAAGAACAACCAACAGAAGAGAAGAUUGGUAUUGCUGCUCCACAACUUGAAGGUGACUUUUUGAAGUUUGGAAGAGGUCAAAGGUUGUAG